AUGAGUUCAUUUUCGAGCCAUUUCUGUUCAGUCGCCUUCCCUGCUGUCUUGAUCCUGGAGCUCAUGAUCACGAGCUUCGCUUCUUGUAGCCCUCCGGGGAAUGAGACCGAUAAAAUUGCUCUGCAAGAGUUCAGGUCCCUCUUAACAGAUGAUUCUGCAGGAACCUUGGCCUCCUGGAAUGAUUCCCUCCAUUUCUGCCGAUGGACUGGAGUCACUUGUGGUCUGAGACACCAACGAGUCACCGCCUUGAACCUAGAUGGACGAGCUCUGGCUGGGACCGUGUCCCCUUAUAUCGGAAACCUUUCGUUCCUCCGAUACCUGAACCUCGCAAACAACUCUUUCCAUGGUUUCAUUCCUCCUGAAAUCGGGCGCUUGUUCAGGCUUAAAAACCUGAUCUUGAGCCACAACACCUUAGGAGGUGGAAUUCCUAGAAAUCUCUCCCUGUGUCUUAGCCUCGUGACUCUCGAGCUCGACUAUAAUCGUCUCCACAAUCCCAUUCCUUCCGAAUUUGGGUCACUGUCGAAACUCCAGAAGCUCUCCCUUCCGAACAACAAUCUCAUGGGACCAAUCCCCGCUUCCAUCGGAAACCUUUCCAACCUCGAAGAGCUUAAUCUAUGGAGCAACAACCUGACAGGAGGAGUUCCCAUUUCUAUAAGCCAAACAAGGCUUAAAAUUUUCGAGGCUGGUGAAAACCAGCUGAUAGGUGGCUUCCCCUCUGCUCUUUACAACUUGUCAUCCCUCAAUACCGUUAUUUUGACCCAAAGCCAGUUCUCUGGUAGUAUCAGAAGAGACAUAGGCCUUCUGCUUCCAAAUCUGCAAAUUUUAUAUCUGGGAUCUAAUCAGUUCACAGGUCCCAUUCCCGAUUCACUCUCCAACGUCACGAACUUAGCAGAAAUUGAUAUCCUCAGCAAUAACUUCACCGGACGUGUCCCGGCCAGCUUCGGAGGACUUCAAAACUUGAGCUGGCUCAACCUUGGCUUUAAUUUUCUCAGAAGCAGUGCAACCGACGGUCUAAGUUUCCUUGCUGAUUUGGCCAACUGCAGCAACCUCGAAAUGCUGGAUUUAGAAUAUAACCAGUUCGAAGGCGAGCUGCCUGUUUCUGUUGGUAACUUCUCAUCCCAACUCAAUCAGCUACUACUGUCAGGAAACAGAAUUCGUGGUAGAAUUCCUGAAGUAAUUGCAAACCUCUUUAGUCUAUAUCUAUUAGCUAUGGACGAUAACAUGAUAACAGGCAAUAUUCCAAUGUCUAUUGGGAGGCUAUCGAACUUGCAAUCUCUGAGUUUGGGCCAAAACAAGUUGACUGGACACAUACCUUCGACCAUGGGUAACAUCACCGGUCUGGUAAGGCUAUACUUGUACAACAACAGCUUAGAAGGAAGCAUACCUUUGACCCUCGGCGACUGCAAGUCCCUGCAAGAUCUACGCCUUUGUCAUAACAAAUUUACCGGGACCAUUCCUAGCCACAUGAUCAGACCGUCCUCCCUCAUAAUACUUUUGAAUGUAUCUCACAACUCUUUGUCUGGGCCCCUGCCACCCGAUGUUGGAAACUUAAAGAACCUCAUUUCUCUUGACGUUUCAUACAAUCAAAUUUCAGGUGAGAUUCCUACAACUCUGGGCAAUUGUUUGGGAUUUGAAGAGCUGUAUAUGCAGUCGAACCAUUUUCGAGGACCCAUUCCUCAGCUCGAGGGGUUAAAAGGCAUCCGUUUUCUCGACCUUUCCAAUAACAACCUGUCAGGGCAAAUCCCAGAGUUUUUGGUUAACUUGUCGUCGUCGCUGCAAUUCUUGAAUCUGUCUCUCAACAAUCUUGAAGGCGAAGUACCUGUACGUGGGAUAUUUGGAAACACUAGUGCCUUUGAAGUUGACGGCAACCGAGAGAUAUGUGGGGGCAUACCUGAACUGCGUUUGCCUUCAUGUCCAGCAAAAUCGUUCCCGAGAUCGAUAAAGCAUAGACCUUCGAAGUGGGUGGUGGACAUAAUCAUUUGUGCUUCUUGUGCAGUGGCAUUACUGUCCUUAAUAUCUCUUUUCUGGUUGAGAAACGCGAAGAAGGAACAUCUGACUACCUGCUCCUUCGGCCAUUUUCACGAGAGAAUUUCCUAUGAUGCUCUAUUCAAAGCUACCGACGGAUUCUGUUCAAGCAAAUUGGUUGGUUCAGGUAAUCUUUAUAUGUAG